CCUGGUGCAUUCUGCCUCGCCGACACCGUCCGUCCGACAAAUCCGCGUGAAGGUGGUGAAGCUAGCUGGUGGUGGUGGUGGCGACAUCUCGGUACAUGGCCAUGGCGUCGUCGACGCGGGUGUGGCGCCUGCUCGCCGCGGUGCUGCUCGUGGCGUGCGCUGUGGCGGCCGUCAGGUCGGUCGCCGGCGGCGCCGAGGAGGGCGCCGCCGCGCCGGGGCCGGCGUCGGGGUUCGGGCAGCUCAGGUGCAACCCGGUGACGGACAAGACGUGCCGGCCUGGCGACCCCCGCGCGCCGGAGAACCAGGAGGAGGAGGGGGGGCCGGCGUUCGCCGGCGUCCGGCUGCCGUUGCUGCCGUCCAUCCCAGGCGACACCGACGACGACGACGACGAGCUGCCGUCGUUCGACACCCACAUGACCAUCCUCGGUCACUGAGACCAAGAAGCAAGCUUGGCCUUGCCAUGGCAUGGCUGCAUCUUCUUGGCGCCGAGGUGUUUGUUCUUCUUGCAUUUGCAUUGAUUGCUUGUAGCGACAAGGUGAAAGAGAAAACGGAAAAAAAACAUGAUUAAUCGACUAAGUUAUAUCGAGAUGUAGAUUUCGUGUUACCGAAUUGUGAUUCUCCCAGACGAUAUAUAUAUAUAUAUAUAUAGAAAUCUCCAAAUUAA